AUGAGCUAUGAUCCAUAUGAAAAGUAGCCUUACAAAUAGUAAAAAAUGAUGCAAAUGUCAUCAGAUAAAUAUGAAGAGGAUGAUGAUGAAAAUUACGAUUAAAAUGAUGUUAAUCUUGAAGAUUUAGAUGCAGAGUAGCUUGAGGCCUUGAUAAAUUAACAAGCACAAAAUUAGGAAGCUGCUUUUGAUGAAGAAGUACUUACAAAGAUUAUUAACUAAUUAGCAGUCAGAAAGACUAAAAAUGAAGAAUUAAGAUCAUAAUUUGCAAACAAGCCUGAAAAAUUCUAAGAUUCGGAAAUUGAUUUAGAUGAAAUCAUUUAAAAAUUCAAUUCCCUAAGCGCAUAUCCAGAGCUUUUACCUAAAUUUACAGAAUCAUCAGCAGUUGUAAAUUUACUUCAAUUACUAUACCACGAAAACACUGACAUAGUUGUAGAUGUAAUUAACUUCUUUCAUGAAGUAAUUACUAUGGAAUUAGAAAAGAAAUUUUAUGACAACCUUCUUAAACUGUAUUUUAAGAUUGUCAAAAAUAAAUUCUUUGAAUCAAUCGUAGCAAAUUUAUAAAGACUAGAUGAGAAGGUAUAAGAUGAAUAUGAUGCAGUGCAUAAGUUAUUAGGUAUCAUUGAAAGUUUGCUUGAAGUUAAUCCUGAGUAUUCUGGUUAACUAUGUAGCGAAACAUAAUUCCUAAAGUGGGUCCUUAAGAGAAUAAGCCCUGAAUUUUAAUUAGUUACAAAAGUGAUUGAUGACAAUAAAUUAUAUCUUACAGAAAUAUUGCCUAUUAUUUUGUCAGAUGAAGAAAAUUAAAUUAGAUUUUAAAAAUUGAAAGGAAUAGAAAGCUUACUUCAAUAUUUAUAAUCAUAUGAAAAGAAAGAUCCUACAUGUGAAGAGGAAAAGGAAACCUUUUUAAAUGUCGUAGAUUGUUUGUGUUUAUUUUUGGUUUAAAGAAAUUAUUAAGAAGUAUUCAGAAAUUCUGAUGGCAUUUAGCUUAUGAUCAAAUUAAUUACAGCUAAAAAUUACUCAUCGAAGAGUGCUCUUAGAAUUUUGAGCUAUGCCUUAGUUAAUAACGAGUAAAAUUGCUUAAAGUUUGUAGAUUUACAAGGACUUAAAUUUGCUUUCCCAAUCUUGAUGAAAAAAGGAAUAAAAGCAAAAAAGCCAGAAGAUGCCCAAAAAAUAGAAGAGUAAAUAACAAGUAUUAUAAAAAAUAUUAUUAAAGAAACUACUGCUAUUUAGCAAGACAGAGUUAUCAACAAAUUUAGAGAAGAUAUUAUAAAGGUUGAUAGGCUAUUUGAGCUUCAUGAGUAAUACUAAAAAGUUAUGAAAUUAAUAGAAUAUAAAAUGCAAGACCCUGCCUACCUUAAAACUCUCGAAGAGUUUGAAGCAUAAAAUGUUGAGGAAACAAUUUACAGAUAGAAAUUAGAUGAAGGUUUAUCUAUUCUUGAAAACGUUGAUUUCAUAAUAGCAUUUUUAAACUAAUGCAAAGAUGAAUUGGUCUCUGCCAAGGUAAAGAAAAAUAUCAAGGUUCAUCAGUUAAGAGAUGAAAUUUUAGGAGUACUUGUUUAAAAUAAAUAGCAUUUUGAUCCCUCUGCUAAAAAAGAUAAUGAGUUUAUUUAGAAGCUAAUAGAUACUCUUUGA